CCGGGUUAAUUCUGAAACGCCUCGGUUAUUGCCGGUGCAUCCCGGUGUAUCCACCGAUGAAUUCUGAAAACCGCCCUAUGCAGACGAAACAGACAGUUGGCUGACAUUGACAUGUUAGGCCGCCAAAAUUUUACAAAGCUGCGGAUCGGUUUUGUUUGUAGGUUACUUAAAAAAUAAUAAUUUAUAAGUCUAAGCAUAAAUAAGUGUAAAAUAUAUUUGUUUUCAGUCACUAUUGUUAAAUAAUUUUUUAUCCCCUUUGACUAGUCUAAUUAAGCUUUUUAUUAACCACUUUAUACAUAUAUAUGCAACAGAGUUUAUAAUCUGAACAAUGGGGAGAAAAACUGCCGCAAGUUCUGCCAAGGGCAAAGAGAAACGUCAACAACGCAAAGAAGAACAACAAAGAAUCAGAGAUGCCAUGGCUGUGGUGGCCGAAGCCAACAAGUUAGAAAACCCCCUCAAAGACUUCCAAGUCUUCCAGAAAUUUAAUAAAAAUGGUAUAGUCGCUGAUAUUUUCUUUAUGAAAUGUGCUGAUUUGAGUGAUAUUGAGAAGCAAUGGGUUUUGGGAUUGACUAAGAAAAAUAUGCAAUCUAAAUAUGAGCACAGCUCCUGGGGAUGGGAUGAGAUGAAAAAAAGUGAAGAACUUUUUGAUGAGAAUGCCAAAUAUCUGAUAGCAAAAAGUGCCACCGAUGGCAGUUAUUUAGGAUUUUCCCACUUCCGAUUUGAUAUUGAUGAAGGCAUUGAAGUAUUGUAUUGCUAUGAACUCCAGUUGGAAAACCACAUCCAAAGGAAAAGCCUUGGUAAAUUCAUGAUGCAAGUAUUGGAGUUAAUGGCUUUUAAAAACAACAUGAAGAAAGUUGUACUUACUGUGCUCAAGAAUAAUAAUAACUCCAAGUUCUUUAAAGCAGUUGGCUACGAAUUAGACGAAUCCUCCCCAGUAGAUGAUGAAGAAGAAGUCUACCCAUAUGAAAUCUUAAGUAAAAUUAACAAAAGAUUAGCUUCAACUUUGCCGACUAGUACUCAGAGUAAAUCACACAUCCAUUCACAUAAUGGACACAGCCAUGGCCAUAGUCACUUAAACGGGCCUUGUUGUCCCGGAUACCAUCAUUAGUUUUUAAGUUUUAAUUUUUUUUUUUAAUUUAGCUUCCAUAUAUUUGGUAAAAUACAAGAAAAUAUCGUAUUAAAAUAAUCAGUUUUAUUAAA